ACUUGACAAAAACAAGUCCAACAUGAGGAAGAAGUUUGGGAGCAUCUUUGAGGGGCUUGGAAAACGCGGAAACCCAACACAGCUUGACAAGAUUUACACAGAGCUCUACAUCACAGCUGGGGAGAGUGAAGGGGUUAACAGAGAACAAGAGGUUUGGAAGAUACAGAAUAUGUCUCAGACUAAAAUAUAUCAAGACGAUGCAAUCAACUGCAAUGAUAUCUUCAAACCCUUACCUGGAGAAGAGGUAUUCAUUAGAACUGUGCUGACGAAGGGCAUCGCUGGCAUCGGAAAAACAGUCUCAGUGCAGAAGUUCAUCCUUGACUGGGCAGAAGGACAAGCCAAUCAGGAUGUAGAUUUCAUCUUCACCCUUCCAUUCAGGGAUUUGAAUCUAAACAAAGACGACCAGUACAGUCUGUUGGAGCUCCUGAGUGACUUCCACCCUGAACUUUCAGAUAUAGAAUACACAAAGAAGGUGGUCGCCUGCAAAGUCCUGUUCAUCUUGGAUGGUCUGGAUGAAAGCCAACUUCCACUGGAUUUCCAUAACAACAAGAGGUUGUCUAAUGUAACCAAGACAACAUCAGUGGACGUGCUGCUGACAAACCUCAUCAAGGGGAAUCUGCUUCCUUCUGCUCUCCUCUGGAUAACCUCCCGACCAGCAGCAGUUGACAAGAUACCCUCCGACUGUUUUGACCGUGUAACAGAAGUUCGGGGAUUCAACGACCCACAGAAAGAAGAAUACUUCAAGAAGAGAUUCAGUGAUGAUGAAAACCUGUCCAGCAAAAUCAUCUCACACAUAAAGACAUCGAGGAGUCUCUUCAUCAUGUGCCACAUUCCGGUCUUCUGUUGGAUUACUGCCAUGGUUCUUGGGAACAUGUUGAGAGGAUCCUGUUCUGAAGAAAUCCCUAAAACUCUGACUGAGAUGUACAUUCGUUUCCUUCUCACUCUGACAAACCUGGAGAACAAGAAGCAUGGGAAAAAUGAACCAGACCUUCGGAAACUGUCAGAGUCUGACGUACAGAUCAUUCUGAAGCUUGGAAAACUAGCCUCCCAUAACCUGUUAAAGAGCAAUCUGGUGUUUUCUGAAGAAGAUUUGAGAGAGUGUGACAUUGAUGUCAACGAAGCCUUUUUGGGCUCAGGGAUGUGCACAGAGAUCUUCAGAGAGGAGGACCCAAUGUUUAGAUGGAUAAAGCGUUCCCACAACAAGAACGGCCACCUGGACCUCUUCCUCCGCUUCCUUCUGGGCAUCUCACUGGAGUCCAAUCAGAUCCUCUUGAAAUGCCUACAGCUCCAGACAGAGGGAGACAAAGAGAGUAUCCAGAAUACCAUCCAAUACAUCAAGGGGUUUUCAACAACUGAGCUGGAGGUGCUAACUGCUGCACUGAAUCAAUCUUACAGUCAGCUGCACACACUAAGGUUUCCUGGGUGUUGGCUCGACGAGAGCUGCGGUGAAAUUGUGGCUUCAGCUCUGGCGUCAGAGAACAGCCAUCUGAGAGAGCUGGACCUCAGCGACAACAAACUGACAGACACCGGGGUGGAGGGGAUCUCCACUGGGCUUAUGAGUCCACACUGUGAACUGAAGAUACUGAGACUUGUCCGUUGUGAGGUCACUUCCUGUGGAAGUUUGUCCCCUGCUCUAGCAGCCUCCCAGUUGGAGGAACUGCAUCUGAGCUGCAACACCCUGGGCGACAUGGGACUGAAGCUGCUCUCUGCUGGACUGGAGGAUCCACACUGUCAGAUACAGAAACUGGGACUGAGGCAGUGUAAUCUAUCAGAGUUAUCCUGUGAGUCCCUGUCCUCUGUCCUGUGUUCAAACUCAACCCUGAUAGAGCUGGACCUGAGAGACAACGACUUGGGGGAUUCAGGAGUGGAGCGACUCUCUGCUGCACUGGGGGACCCUCGCUGUGCCUUGCAGGUUUUGGGGCUGUCUGGUUGUCUGGUCACAGAGGAAGGCUGUGCUUCUCUGGAUUCAGCUCUGAGGUCAAACCCCUCCCACCUGAGAGAACUGGACCUGAGCUACAAUCACCCAGGAGACUCUGGAGUGAAGCUGCUCUCUGCUAGACUGGAGGAUCCACACUGUAGACUGGAUAAACUCAAUGUGGACUUGUGUGGAGAGUGCAGGAUCAAACCAGGCCUGAGGAAAUAUUCCUGUGAGCUCACCCUGGACCCAGAUUCUGCACACAUUGACCUGAGGCUGUCUGAGGAUAGGAGGACAGUGUUGUGGAGAGAGGACAAUGCUAACAGACAGAGUAGUGCUAGCAUAGGAAACGAAGCUAACAAUGCUAACAGUGGGGAUGGUGCUAGCAUAGGAAACGAAGCUAACAAUGCUAACAGUGGGGACGGUGUUAGCAUAGGAAACGAAGCUACCAGAGGGGAAGAAUCAAAUAAAUGGAUUGAUCCAUCAAUUUGUACAAGAUCCCUGUCUGUGCAUUGUACCAAGGGUUUAUCUACUGGACGUUUCUACUGGCAGGUGGAGGCCACAGGAUGGUUUGAUAUUGGGGUUAUUAUCAAAGAAAACAAUAGUAUCUACAAUAUGUAUGACCUCGUGUUUCGUCACAACAGGUGGGCGUUUAGACUAAUCCGUGAAGUUGCAUAUUCAGGAGAAGGCACCACUACCACUAAUUGCAUUGGGGUGUUUCUGGACUGGCCGGCCGGCACAUUGUCCUUUUACAGCGUCUCCUCUGACGCUAUGACACACCUGCACACGUACAAUGACUUGUUCACUGGACCCCUUUACCCUGCAUUCAAUAUUCACACUGAAGAGGAGCAGGAGGGGUCCAUCAGAUUGUUGUAACGUUCAUUAAGGCCCUUCAAUAUUCACACUGAAGAGGAGAAGGAGGGGUCCAUCAGAUUGUUGUAAAGUUCAUUAAGGCCCUACAAUAUUCACACAGAAGAGGAGAAGGAGGGGUCCAUCAGAUUGUUGUAACGUUCAUUUAGGGCCAUGUCAAGGUUUAGAAGAAAUGACUGUGAUUAUAUCUUCUACUAAUGACAUUGUGUAGGUUUAGGGGGACCUCUGGUUUUCUACUGAAGGGGUUUGGCUGCUGUUGUAACCUGACUUCAUUGUCCUUCGGUAUCUUAGUUCAUGAAUGACAGAUGAAGAUCCAUUGGUAGCAUGGUCAUUUAUAUUUAUUAUGGAUUCCCCAUAGGCAGCAGCUACUCUUCCUGGGGUCCAGCAAAAUAAAGGCAGUUAUACAUUUUAAAAACAUGACAAUA